AAAGCUAAUCAAAAGUGUUUUUUAGUCCAAAUGUAGCAGCAAUCGCGCUUUGUGUGUGUGUUUGGCUGUAUUUGUGCAUAUGAAGUAAAAAGAGCAGCAAAGAGCGAGAAGUCAGCAGAAAAAUGAAUUGCCUCUGUCGACCAUCGCGGAUUAUGUCCGUGCGGAUUAAUCUGCUGGACGAAACGGAUUUCAUACACGAAAUAAAGGAUGAUUUACCAGGCCAAGCGCUGCUGGAUGUUGUUUUUGCCAGACUUAAUUUAAUCGAAACUUCAUAUUUUGGCAUUCGCUAUAUUGACGAAGAAAAUCAGACGCACUGGCUUGAUCCAGCGUCUCGCAUAUCACGCCAACUCAAACCCAAAUCGGAUCCAUACGAUUUGUACUUUGGUGUUAAAUUCUAUGCAGCUGAUCCAUGUAAACUGCUUGAGGAAAUUACAAGAUAUCAACUGUUUUUACAAGUAAAGCAAGAUGUAUUACAGGGCAGAUUGCCCGUGGCGUUCGAAUUGGCUGCGGAGCUUGGCGCAUUCGUCGUGCAAUCUGAGCUGGGCGAUUAUGACCAACGACGUCACUCUAAAGGCUAUGUGUCCGAGUUUCGUUUGCUGCCAAAUCAGAGCAGCGAACUGGAAGCACGUGUCGCCGAGCUUCAUCAGCAAUUAAAGGGCAUGUCACCGGCGACGGCAGAGCUGAAUUAUUUAGACAAAGUCAAAUGGCACGACAUGUACGGCGUGGAUUUGCAUCCGGUGUUGGGCGAGGACAGCGUCGAGUAUUUUCUGGGUCUGACGCCAAGUGGCAUUGUGGUGCUGCGCAACAAGACGACAGUGGCUCAUUACUAUUGGCCGCGUAUUGCCAAAGUUUACUACAAAGGACGCUACUUCAUGCUGCGGAUAAGCGAUAAAAAUAACGAGCUCAGCACUUAUGGCUUUGAGACGCCGCGCAAAUCCGCCUGCAAACAUUUGUGGCGCUGCUGUGUAGAGCAUCACGCCUUCUUUCGCAUGGUACGCAUUGCUCCAUUACCAAAUUCGCAGUCGAAUAAUUCGGAUUUAUUUCAACUUGGUUCACGUUUGCGUUACAGCAACCGUUCGGAGAAGCAACCAUCGUCUAAGGAUGCCCUCGGUUUGGGUCGCAUACCGCCGGCAUUCACACGUGUCCCUUCGAAACGCCAGCCAAGACGCUUGAUUGAUGACUUUCUGAGCGGCAGUAAAAGCGCCAAUAAUACACAGAACGGCAUAGGGAUCGGUCAUAACAGCAGCAGCGUCACCGACGGCGGUGGCUGCGGCAACCACAAUGGUGUUGGCGUUGGAGCGGGAAUGCAAACAGCCAGCUUGAUGCCAAACAACUACGAAAGCCCCUACCGCUCCACCUACAGCAUACCAACGAGCCUCGGCAUACGUCCGUAUCAUCAACAGUCGCAUUUUGGUAACAACGGUGGCGGCAGCGAUUGCAAUAGUAAUUUGCAGACACCUGAUUCGCCGCGCAGCACGCGCAGCGCUCCAUGGCCACGCUCCCAACAGCGUUCGCUAUUCGGCAAUAAUCCCUCAAGUCCGCGUUCGGUGCGUUCAGCGAUCGCCACAAGUGGCGGUGGCGGUGGCUCGCAUCAUCAUCAUCAACAUCAACACCACCACCAUCAUCACCAGUCCUCUGGUACGUCAACGCAGCAUCGACAGUCGUCGCAUUCAGCGCAUCGAGAUCGAGAUCGCGAUCACGUUUCUUCAUCUUCAGCAUCGGCUCAUCAGCAACGUUAUCGUUCAAGUUCGGUAGAGAGUCAUUCAUCAAAUGAUUCGCGUUCGACGCGCAGGCACAAACAUCGCCAUCGGCGUACCUCCGAUAAUGAGAGUGAAUUAUCGCGUGGUUCUGGACGUUCAGGUCGUUCGCAUCAUCGCAAGCAUCGUCGCUCGCGUCACCGUCGCGACUCAGCUGGCUCGGAUCAUGAGAGCGCGCGCGGUCGCAGCUAUUCGGGGCAUCGUUCGUCAUCGGUGCGCAGCGGUUCAGCGGAGUUAAUCGAUUCCACAUCACAGUGGCGCGAGGUGCAACGCCGUCAAGCCGAAGCUAGUCUGGGUCAAAGUUCCGUACAGCAGGCAUCCGUCUCGAAGAGUAGCAUGGUGGCGCGCAGUUUGCACAGCAACGACAGUCAUUCGGAUACACAUUCGCACCACAAAUCGCGGCGACAUCGCAAGAAUAAAUCUCCUUCCGAUUCGCGCAAUCGCAUCUGGUCAAGCGAACUGGCGAAACACUUGCAAUUCGAUCUGGUCGAUACGACUGGCAUGACUGAGGAUCAACUACGCGAAAUACCCUACACAGUCGUUGAGACGAACUCGAAACGUUCGACAAUGAAUAUGAAGAUUCACAAGAGCGGCAGCAAGGGCAGUGUGGGUGGCAAGAGUACUGGCUCGGGCAAUACAAUAACGAAUGGCAGUAGUUCGACUGGUGGACAGGGCAAGAAUCGUGUCGACCGCAUUAGAGGAAAAUGUGAACCUGGUCAACCAAGCACCAACAGUGAACGAAUCAGGCUAUAUUUCCAAAACUCAAAUGGGGCAGACAAUGUAAGUGGUCGAAAUGGAUCCAUACGCUCCGCCAGCACAAUAUCUUCGAGAGAGUGCGAACGAAAUAGUGGAUUAGUCAGAAUGAUGUCCAGUAUGAGCAUGGGUGACUUCAUUUCGCCAACAGGCUCUAAUCUUAGCCCAUUAGAGAACUCUGCGCUGCGAGUAUCACACGAACACACCGAUUCUGGUCUCGGUGCCGAUCAAGACUACGCUUAUUCCUCGGAAAGAUCUAGCGAUAGUACCCGCUAUGGAACUAACAAAUCUUCGGGCGCCUCCAGUGGCAGCCAUCGCAAAUCAAUUGGCGGCGGCGGCGGCGGUGGAGGAGGAGGCAGUGGCGGUGGCGGUGGCGGCACAUCUACUUACAACAUCUUAAUGCAACAAACUGUGAGUAAUCAGCAAAUGCAACACCAACAACAACAACAACAAGCUCCGCCUCGCCAAACUUCAUGCUUUGCACAACGCCAACAACAACCAUCGCAAUCGAAACCCAUUUAUAACAAUCCCAACUCACACACCAGCCACGCCUAUCAAAUGGGCAAAUCGUUGGCGCCCAUACACACCUCAUCCAAUACCCAUGGUCCCUCGUCCCUUGCUUCCUCCCACCAUUCGGCAACUAACCUUACUAAUACUAAUGAGAAAUGCAUUUCAAAAGCCGCAAUUCCAAACUCAAACGCAAACUCGAAUAACAACUCCAACACCAACAACAAAUCGAACAAUAGCAACAGUAGCAGUGGUGUUGGCAAUCGUCUACUGAACUACACCACAUUCGAGAAUAAUCAAUACAAGUUCAGUUUGAAUAAUGUUUUCGGCAAAGCGACUGGCGCGGCAGCUGCCACCGGCCAUAAUGUUAGUAGUGGUAAUGGCAGUAGCGGUAAUAUUACAGGUGGUGGUGCUGGCAGUAGUAAUGCUUAUGGUUGUGGUAGUAAUUUAAGUUCUAGCACCAAUCGUAUGGAUAGUUUCGUCGAAUGGCCAAAUACGCCGGCGGCGCCCUACUACUAUCAGGGUCCCCCAUCGGUCGCGGGGCUGCACAUCAAGAAGCGCGAUGCCAAGUCCGACAUCGGCGUACCCACACGACGUUACUCCGGGCAGGCUAUUACCAAAACCCAACUACUUACAGGCCAAUUGCCGGGAGCCAGCUAUUAUCACACACCAGCGCCCAUACACACAGCUGGCAUGGGUGGCUUCGAUUCGCGUCUACACCCAGCCAAGUCCGAUCUCUUUCUAUCCUAUAUCCAUCACGGCACGGGCGGGUCAUCGGCACUUGGCGCCGAGUACGAACGUCCAUACAUUUACAACUACAAAAUGCCACAAAUGCCCGAUUUUCUACGUGGCACAGGGCAACAGCAGCAGCAACAGCAAAAUGCACCAACGGAGGGGCAUCAACAAAUGUCAGCUUACCACAUUUCAGGCGCACAAACCGCCGAUCCACCACCACCGCAGCCAACGCUCUAUAAACCUACAUACGGCGGCGGCGGCGGCGGCGGUGGUGAAAGUAGUGGUAGUGGAGUUGGUGUGGAGAGUGCAAUGCUAUAUGGCGGUGCUGCACCUGCCACCGAUGUACUCUACUACCAGUUCGACAACGGUAAGCCGCCCAUCGUGCAACAACCAAAAUCUUUGCUGCACAAGGCCGCAAACAACACAGGUAGCGGUGGUGGUGGUGGUGGCACAGGUGCAGUGGUAGGGCCUUUAGUAUUCUUGCAACAUGCCAGUGUUGCGUCAUCAUCAACGUCAGCGCAGCAGCCACAAACUUGCACCAAUACCAAUCAAUCCAACACAACAACAACAACAACCAGCACAACACAAUCCUCAACAUGCAGUGAAGGCAGCAUCGAGGAGUAUAACGAAGAAGAACUGGAAGACGUACAAGAAGUAGAGGAGGAAGAGGACGAAGCACGGCAAACGCAUGACGACGCUUGCACCGACCAAGCAAAUGCUUACAACAACGAUGGGCUCAUAUUGAAUAAUGAGGUGCUAGCAAUAUCGCCUGCCGGUAGUGGCAACAACAACUAUGGCUGCAGCAAUGACGCUCUGGAAUCCACUGACUGUGAUUGCGAUUGUGAUUCCCUUACGGCCAAUUGCAAUCUGGAUAAUUGCAAUGCCAACAACAAUGCCGACAGCAGCAAUGCGAAUAUCAAUGCCAAUGUGAAUGUGAAUGCUGCAAAUGUGCAUACCAAUACCAACAACACAUUGCAAACGAACAACCCCCGCACAACCAGCAACAACACGCCCCCAUCCAAUCGUAGUGUCCCCAAUGCCAAUUCGACGCUUAAUCGCAAUCGUUCCAAUAACUCACAACCAAAUCUAAAUUCGAAUCAAAAUCAAAAUCAAUAUCAAUACCAAAAUCCAAAUCUUAUUUCGAAUUCGAAUCAAAAUCUGAUAGCACAAAAUCACAAUCAAAUUUCAAUGCAAAAUUCCAAUACAAAUGUGAGCACACUUCAAAAUCAAAUGAAUCCAAAUAUUUCCUCCAGUCUUGAGAUUAUUCUUUCGCCAAUUAUACAAAGUAGUCGACGGUAA